AUGGUUCUGAAAUUUGAAGAUCCAGAGAACUUCCUGAACCCGAUCAUCCCCGGAGGCUUUCCUGAUCCGUCGAUUUGCCGUGUCGGGGACACCUACUACAUUUGCAAUUCCUCGUUCGAGUACUUCCCAGGUCUGCCUAUCCAUGAAAGCAAAGAUCUGGUGAAUUGGAGCUGGGUGGGGUACGGGCUGCAUAGAAAAGAGCAAGCAAGCUCAGCCGUGAAUCUUGUCGAUGUGAAGUCUGAGGAUGGUAUUCAGGCUCCAUCUCUGCGUUACAAGGAUGGGACUUUCUAUAUUAUCACGACUUGUGUGUACCGUCCACCUGGAACUGACGAGGGAACCUGCACAAAUUUCAUCAUCACUGCAACGAACAUUCGCGGACCCUGGUCUGAUCCACACGUUAUCGAAGGAGCCCCUGGCAUAGAUCCGGAUAUAUUCUUCGAUGAUGAUGGCAAGGCCUGGUACGUAGGCACCGCAGCACCUGACAAGCCCAACUAUCCAGGCGAAGGAGAGAUCUACUGUCACGAACUCGAUCUGUCAGCUUUUAAGCUGGUGGGGGAUCGGCAUCACCUGUGGCGGGGAGCACUCUACGGCGGCGUCUUCGUAGAGGGGCCACACAUGUACAAGCAUGAAGGGUCCUACUAUCUGAUGGCGGCAGAAGGCGGCACCGGUGUCAAUCAUGCAGAGGUCAUUGCCAUAAGUGACAAGGUGACGGGCCCUUUCUAUCCAAAUGAUCGAAACCCAAUCUUGACUUCACGCAACCUCUCAUAUGAUAACUGGGUGCACAGCACGGGACACGGCGAUCUCUUCCAGCUGCCAGACGGACGAUGGUACAUGGUUUGUUUGGGUGUUCGAGCGGAGGAGGGAAAGGCUGGUAUGAAGCGAUCCAACAUGGGUCGAGAGACGCAUCUGCUGCCGGUUCGGUGGGAGCGGGAACCAAUGGAUUGGCAUUCCCUGGGGCCCUCCGGCGCCCGCCUGUGGCCAGUUUGUGCGCCAGACACGGGACGGGUUGAAAGGCAAACUGCGCUGCCCUUCAAGUCCAUGCAGCUGCAUGCUUGCAACACCUUCCGCGAUACUUUUGAAGGCCCAGAGCUACACCCAGAAUGGAAUUUCCGGCGUGUGCCAAAAGAUGGAAUGUACACCCUCAGUCCAGGAUGUCUACGGCUGAAUGCGCAGCCACAGGUGAUCGAAGAGCGAGUAUCCUGCAGUUUGAUGGGAAUUCGACAGCGGCAGAGCGAAUUUACUUUUCUCACCAAGAUGACGUUCAAGCCAGCCACCGAUGGUGUGGAAGCUGGCACCAGCGUGUUUCAAAAGGAUGACAACUACGUGAAUUUUGUGGUAAGAUUAGUGGAAGGAAAGCACCGGAUAUGCAUCAGUUUGAAAGAGCGUGAGAAGGAGGAGCGCAUCCUCCAUGAUGAAGAUCUCAAAGCAUAUGAGGGGACCCUCACGUUCAGAAUUGAGUCCUCCAGCCAUGCAUACCACUUCAGCUAUUCUCUAGAUGAUGGUGGGAGCUUCACCUCCUGUGCAGAGAUGGAAGCAGAUCUGCUCUUGAGCUAUGGUUACACCGGCAGCUAUUUAGGACUUUACUGCACAAGCAGAGGCAAGUCAUCCAAAGACUAUGCCGAGUAUACGUUCAUACAGCACUCAGCUGUUCUGCGCUUGCCCGCUCACCAAAGUGCUGCGGGGUCUGCCUAA